GAGCGGCGAGCAGCGGGUGCGCCCGGACCCCCGGGCCCGGGAUCAUGGGGAAUGGCAUGACCAAGGUACUUCCUGGACUCUACCUCGGAAACUUCAUUGAUGCCAAAGACCCAGAUCAGCUGGGAAGGAAUAAGAUCACUCACAUCAUCUCUAUCCACGAGUCGCCCCAGCCUCUGCUGCAGGAUAUCACCUACCUUCGCAUCCCAGUGGCUGAUACCCCUGAGGUACUAAUCAAAAAACACUUCAGAGAAUGCAUCAACUUCAUCCACUGCUGCCGUCUCAAUGGGGGGAACUGCCUUGUGCACUGCACCACCGUUGUGACAGCCUACGUGAUGACAGUGACGGGGCUAGGCUGGCGAGAAGUGCUUGAAGCCAUCAAGGCGACCCGGCCCAUCGCCAACCCCAACCCAGGCUUCAGGCAGCAGCUUGAAGAGUUUGGCUGGGGGACCUCUCGGAAGCUCCGCCGCCAGCUGGAAGAGCGCUUCGGCGAGAGCCCGUUCCGCGACGAGGAGGACGUGCGCGCGCUGCUGCCGUCAGCAGAGACCAGGAGUCUGUGGCAGGAACCCCCAGGUCCUCUGCGUUUCUGUGACCAGCUGGUGGCACAGAUCUCUGAGAGUGGACGCUACUCUGGGUUGUGCUGGGAAGACCCGGGCAAGACCCUCUUCAGCAUCCCUGGAAGCAGGCAGCCAAGCAACACUACUAGGCCUGACAGUGAACUCUUCAGGGUAGUGUUAGGGGAUGAGGAUACCCGGCCAGGGCCAGGGGAUGCACAUGACCCCAGCAGCGGCACCAACCUCCGAGCUGUGUGA